CACAUAAAUCACCGGCAUUGAAGAAGGCACAUAAGUGGCUAGUAGACGCAGAACUUUUGCUCCUCUUCGCUACUCAGCAUGAGCAUGAUCAUGCUUGCCUGCAUUUUGGUGGCGUCCGUUCUUGGUCAAGCAUAUGGCUUGGCGGGGGCUAUUUACGAGGCCAACAACUACCUGGACACGAUACUAGGUGUGAUACUUCCGCUGCAAGUGAACGAGGCCAAAAUGACCACGAUCCUGCUUCCAGGAUUCACUGUGAACCACAGCGAUGGCACGGGAGCGCUGAACUUGACUUUCGACAGCGGCAUUCUCGUCGGCUUCGGAAAGCACUGGCAACGCCAAGGAGACUGCCAAGCUGCUCAAUGGCGCAAUGAGAAUAUCACCACAACUUGCCACGCAAAACUCGAUGGUAUGCUGCUCCUGCUUGAUGGUACACUGGAGGACAGCAACUCCACCAUCGUUGAGAACGUCACCCUUAUACUUAUUGUCCGGAACUCGUCAGCUCGGAUCGCUCCAACUGAGAGAAAGAAAGGAUACGCUGUUCAUCUGGAUCUGUCACUGGAACAACUGUCACUGGAUGUUCUGACCAUGGGGACGUUGACACCUCUGCCUGGAAUACCUGAGGCCGUCUUCAAGAAAGAGCUCAACCUGGGGGCAUCAGCCAUACUAAGGCGCUUCAUCGAGAUGGAGGCUCGCCAGGGUGUGCUCAGGCACGCGUUCUCCCUCAUUCAUCUGCCCCUACCGCAACAAUAAAUGCGUAGAUUGAAGCAUUUCGUCUUGCACUGCAAAAA